GCACGAACGGUCGCAUUGCCAUCACAACGUCAAAACUUCACCGACCAAAAUGAGCAGCAACGACGGCAUGAAUGAGGAGACUCCUCUGGAAGACACACUUCGUCACUUCUGGAAGGAUGAAAAGUAUCACGAUGUCAAGCUUUCCUGUAGCGAUGGAGCCGUCGUUGGGGCCAACCGCUGUGCGCUCUCCCUUCGAAGCGAAGUCUUUUCAAAAAUGCUCUUUGGCCAUUUUAAAAAGAGUCAAACGAUUUUAGCAAAAGUGUCUUCGAGUGAGCGAGUCACGGUGCACUACAGUGGACAUGUAGUGGAUGCGCUUGUUGAGUUCAUCCACACUGAUUCCUCUGACCUUCUAGCUCCCAAAAGUGGCUAUAUGCACAAGCAUGGUGAGAAGACGAGUGAGGAAUUGCAAGAGAAAAUGAGCGCUUUGGUGUCCUUGACAGCAGCAGCUCAUUUUUAUAACCUCCCGAAGCUCCACAAGAAAGCGUGCAAUUCUAUCGUUCACUUACUCGACAAGAUGCCCUCACUAGCUCUAAUAGUCGUCGAAGCAGGUGCAGCAGACAAUUCCGCUCUCCUGACGGCAGCCAAAAGAAAGGCCCUCACCAUCAUCCGAACCCGUGAGGGAAUUAGCAAAGAAGACAGCACGUUGGUGGCCAACAUCAGCGAAACUGCACUCGAAUUUUUUCUCCAAGACGACAGCGAAACACCACGAAAACAACACCUGCUCUUUGAAAUCUUGCAGCAUUGGGUCGGAGAAGACGAGGAACGAAAGACAAUUGCCAAGGAGCUGGUACACAAUCAUAUUUGCUUGGAGAAGCUCGACCCUGACUUUCUGACUUCAUCUGUGCUACCAUCUGGUUUCUGCAAAACGCAGCAACUAAUGCAGGCGUUCCAAAUCCAAGCACGAGCUGCAAAGGAAAAACAUGGAAUGUUUGCAAGACCAUUCACGCCAUCACGGGCUGUCUGGACCAGUUCAGGAAGCAUAACUUCAACCUGCGAGGAAUUCAAGACAGACUUGCUGAAGUUUCCUCCAAUCAAAGACAAGACAGUUCGAUGGACAGUUGAAAUUUUGAAUGAUGCUGAAAAUGUUUGGCUUGGAAUUGUGAAGGCAGGACUUGACUGUGCUUGUUUUGAUUGUCUUGUUGGUCCCGGUGCAGGAGUUGCAUACAGUGGAAAGGGAAGUGUUUUGAAUAGCCAGACGCAUUGCCCCAAAUUUGAUACGGGUCCAAAGUCACUUUCACGUUGAUUAUAACUGGACUUGAACAGGUAUCUACAGUUUCGUUGGUCGGAUCAGUCGAUGGUGGACGUCCAUUCAUUGUGGCAGUUCUAGCACGAGACGCUUGGUUAAAAGAGGGUGCCAUCCCUGCAGUCUCCACGAAAUCCCGUGGCUCGGUUCGGCUGUUGAGCAUCAAUGAGCUCAAGUAGCUCACCAGCAGAAGACAGAAUGCGCAAUCUGAAAUCUGAGUUCCCCCCUCUUGAGGGACUUCCGUACGACUGCGACACAACCAGCUUUCAUUGCCAUGAGCUCGUUUGCUAGCUAGCUAGUACAGCGAAUUAAGUCAGCGGGAGCUGCGAUACCUCGGCAGAAAGACAGAUAGAAGAAGGAGGAUCAUGUUCGAGAUUGCACCCAUCUUUGAAGCCAGCCUGGCGACACACCCGACUAUCGUCUGUGUUGCCGCCCGGUAUCAUCAUUCCCUCAUUGCAACCUUCUUUAUUAAGCUAGCCCUGGCGACAACACCCGACU